AUGGUCGCUCUUCUAGGAGCGAUCCGAAAUGCUUCCGCGUACCGCUGUGUUACGGCUUUCCCAACGCGAGGACUCAAAACAUCACGCCCUUUUUGCGCGAAUGCCAACGUGUACGACGCGCCUAAGACGGCGCGAAAGCGCACUAUAACGAAGAAGCAGUACCCGGAUCUUCCCAAAGCGUGUCUGCAGGCCGACGGAUGUGCUGCCGAACCUCUCGGCGAAUGGCGCGGAGGCCUGGAGCCCAAGGCCGUAGCGGAUGAUUUCACGCAGGUUAAGAAUCGAGAGAACACAGCGACGAUGCAUAAGUCUCUGGAAAAACGACGAGCUCGCAAGCGCAAGUCCGCAGAUCAGGAAGGUGUGGCGACAGACAAACUCCCUCCUGAGCCAGAACAACCGAGGAAUCGUCUUGCAACGGAAAUUCUUGAUAAUUUGAGUAAGUUUCCGCAUUGUAUACUGCUCACGCGCGUGGGCCAGUUCUAUGAGUCGUAUUUUGACCAGGCAAAGGAGGUGUCCCGUCUCCUGAACAUCAAGCUGACGCAGCGAACUUGGGACGGUCAGCGCAUAUGGAUGUGCGGUUUCCCUCUCAUGCAUCUGGAUAAAUACCUCAAGAUUCUAGUCCAACAUCAGAAACGAUUCAUCGCGUUAUGCGAAGAGUUUCCUCGGCUACCACAAGGAGGAUCGAAGGAUGGUUUUGACCGACGCGUUGUACGCGUUGUCACUCCUGGGACUCUCAUUGACGAGCCCUUCCUCAAUGCAUACGAGAAUAAUUACCUUCUCGCCAUAGCUGAUUCUAAAAUGCCUGUCGGAGAGUCUACGGGUACGCACUCUGCCGAGCUUGGCCUGGCCUGGAUAGAUGUCUCUACUGGCGAGUUCUUUACCAAAAGUAUUUCACUGGACGGUCUGCGGGAUGAGUUGGUUCGUAUCGGACCACGCGAGGUGGUGAUUGAUGAGGACAGCAUGUCAGACGAGUUACAUCCUGUCCGGAAAAUAAUGACAGAAGAAGAUUGUUUUGCUUCUUAUUUCUCUCAUGCACAUCACCUUCCGCCUCUCGCUCUGGACUUGACUGCUGCAGAUGGUCCUGGAGCUGAUGAUGUCACGUCUCAUCUUACCCAAUACCAAGGUCCAGCUGGGACGGCCUUAACGACUCUGGAAGUCGGUGCUAUUACACUCCUCACCGGAUUUCUGCGGGCAAACCUCCUUGACCAUAUGCCCCAAUUAUCUUCGCCAAGCAGAGAAACCACGGGUGGCCGAAUGCAGAUUGAUGCUCACACUAUUAAGGCGCUAGAAAUCCGCGAGGGUAUCAACGACGGCUUGUCAGGCAGUUUAUUGAGCGCUGUGAAACGAACUGUUACAAGCAGCGGAACACGCCUUCUUUCUAGAUGGCUAUGUUCCCCUAGCACCUCCCUCAGUGAAAUAAAUGCUCGCCAGUCACUGGUAGCCUUCUUUCAUACUCGAACUUAUUUGCGUGAAGACAUCGCACAAGCCUUAGCUGAUCUGGAGGACGCUACCCGUAUCAUCCAAAAGUUUUUGCUUGGGCGAGGCCAGCCGAGUGAUCUAUCAGCUAUCCGCUCUGCUAUCAACACGUGGAAUCUAGUAAAAAACCGAAUAGAGCUUGAGAAAACGAUGGAGGAUCGAGAUCAUGGAUGUACUAAGGAGGUGGAGUGGAGUAGUAUUGACGCAUUGAUAAAUGACAUGCACGACCUAGGUCAACUAUCACGUAUGCUGGAAAGUUCCCUUCCUGUCUCCGGAGGCUCCAAUUCAACCGCUCCAGGAGAGGGGAUGGAUCCUCAUGACAAUAACAUGCCUGGUAUAAUGCCUCCCUUUUCUCCACGCUCCAUCAAUACGCAGCCUAGCUUUGGAGAAACUAACUGGUCGAUCCAUCCUAGCUUCUCAGAGAAGCUGACCACGCUGCAUGCCAAGUUGGUUGAACUGAUGAUUCGUAGAGAGCAGCUCGAGAGGCAGCUGCAGUUCGACUAUGAUGCCCCGUCCCUUACUUUGCGCUCGUCUCCGGGCUAUGGUAUGCAUAUCCACAUCGCCAGGGGGAAACGAGAUUCGGCCAAGCUUAAUGCAUCCUCCCUCUUUGUCCCUAUCUCGCAGAACAAUUCGACGAAUGUAUACCUACAUAAGGAUUGGUCCCAGCUUGGCGCAGAAAUCGUUGAUACCACAACCGCGAUAUAUGCAGCGGAAAGGGAAGCGUUUGAUACUCUGCGCAACGAGGCAAUUUCUCAUUAG